AUUUAUUCUCCUUGUGUAAUCUGAGAGUGCUGUACAGUGCUGUGCUGAGUGGAGACAUUAACAGCCCUGAGUUUGGUAACAGUGCGCACUUGGAACCGACACACUUUUACACUUUACUAACUUGAUGGCUAUAAAACUAUGCAAAAUGAGAAGUUUUUGGACGUUUCUUUUCGCCAGCGUUUUGGGAAGAGCUACGUGGGGUUUCCCACGGACAUGUAAACCUGGCAGCUAUUCUCAAGGAAGGUGCAGAACUCAUCAAGAUGACCAACCCAAAUGUACAGAAAUCAUGUUGACAUACUGUAAAGAUAUGCCCUACUCCACCACCAUGUAUCCUAACCUCCUGGAUCAAAAAAGUCGCGUUGAGGCUGAACAGAGUGUGGAGUAUCUGCUUCUGAAUGUAGUUCAUUCAGUGCUAAAUGGGGAGUGCAAUCCAGAUAUACGCAUGCUUGGCUGCUCCAUCAUAGCACCGCGCUGUGAGAACAGUAAGAUCCUGAAGCCCUGUCGUAGUACCUGCGAAUCUGUGCACAAAGCCUGUGACCACAUGUUUGAGCGCAUUGGAAUGGCCUGGCCCUACUAUCUAGACUGUGACCGCUUUUUUGUUAGUGAAGAGGAGGGCUGCUAUGACCCACUGGAAGGCCUGAGAGAGAACGUGGAGACUGAAUUGGAUAGCAUUCCAGUAGAGGCCUCAUCAGUAAUCCCAUUCACGUAUCACUCCAACACGGAGAUGUUCGCCAUCCUCAAUAAGACAGCAGAAGAAUGCGCUCACAUUUCAAGGACAUACAGCAUUGGACAGAGUGUUGAAAAGAAAGACCUGCUGGUAAUUGAGUUUUCAAGCAACCCUGGAGAGCAUGAACUAUUGGAGCCAGAGGUCAAGUACAUUGGUAACAUGCAUGGAAAUGAGGUGAUCGGCCGAGAGCUGCUGAUUUACUUGGCUCAGUACCUGUGCUCUGAAUAUCUGUUGGGAAAUACAAGGAUCCAGACUCUCAUCAACACCACACGUAUCCACAUUUUGCCCUCCAUGAAUCCUGAUGGCUACGAGUUAGCUCUUUCUGAAGAGCAGAGAGGUUCAGACUCAGAGUAUGAUGAGGAUGCUGUAUACUCUAGCCACGCGGCUGGCCGUUACAAUGCCCAAAAUAUAGACCUCAAUAGAAAUUUCCCAGACUUGACUUCUUCUGUCUACAACCAGCGUAGACUCAAGUACUUUCGCAAUGACCAUAUUCCCAUCCCAGACUCAUACUGGCUUGGUAAGGUUGCUCCAGAGACAUAUGCUGUUAUGAAAUGGAUACGGUCCAUUCCAUUUGUUCUGUCUGCUAGCUUUCAUGGAGGAGACCUGGUGGUGUCUUACCCUUAUGACCUCUCAAAGGAUCCUUUCCAAAAGAACUUGUUCUCUCCUACUCCAGAUGAGCAGGUUUUCAGGCAGUUGGCCAAGAUUUACGCAGAUGCCCAUGCUACAAUGUCUAGCCCAGACACAGACAGGUGUGGUGGCAACUUUGCUGAUAAAGAGGGGACUGUGAAUGGGGCUCAGUGGUACAGCAUACAAGGAGGGAUGGGAGACUUUAAUUACCUCCACACAAACUGCUUUGAGAUAACAGUAGAACUGGGCUGUGACAAAUUUCCAGCAGAGGACGAAGUAUAUGCAAGCUGGAAAGAAAAUAAAGAGGCUCUCUUGACUUUCUUGGAGUCGGUGCAGAUGGGAAUUAAAGGUAUUGUCAAAGAUGAAGAUGGUAAUGGAAUUAAAGGAGCCAUUGUGUCAGUUAAAGGGAUCAGGCAUUCCAUCACCACAGCUGAAAACGGUGAUUAUUGGAGACUGCUGACACCAGGCAUCCACAUUGUCAGUGCCUCUGCACCAGGUUAUAGCAGAGCCGUAAAGAGGGUGCACCUUCCUGCUCACAUGCAGACUGCUGGUCGUGUGGACUUUGUACUUAAGAAAGUACCAGUGGAUCCGGAAAUAAAUGAAUUAAACAUCCUGCAUAUGGAAAACUAUGAGCGAUUUGACCCGUAUAAGCAUCUUGCACGAUAUUACACUAGAGAAUCUAAGCUGAGGCAGGAGGAGAGGCAACAGAAGCCGUGGUGGUGGUCCUAUUUUACACAGCUGAAUAACCAAAACCCGUCCUGGCUCCUGAGAAAUUAGCUCCAUCUAGUGAUCUGGCAGUACUUUCACAUCUUGCACAGCCUGGGUCAGUUUUACGGGCAUUAUUGAUUAUUGUAGACAUAUAAAAACAUAAAAAACACCUCUACUGAGAUAUCACAGCAUGGUCUACAAGCUUAUACCAAACAAAUAUCUAUUAUCUAUAUCUGUAUCAAGAACAAAACCAACUUGAAUAUACUUACUAGUAUUACCGUUGCACUAUUUUAUAUCUUAUAUAAAAUAACCUUUAGAACAAUGUGUCAAAAAGUAAUGCGAUAUUAAACUUAAAUGGAAGUAUUGGUAAUGUGUCAAAAUUGGGUUCAAGUGAAAGUAUUGUAGUUGCUACUACAGUUGCUACUACAGUUGCUACUACUACAACAGUAUUUAAAGGUCAAAUAAAAUGUUUAAGCCAAUACAAAUUAAGUGACUUUAUUAAGUCAUCUAAAUCUGUUUAGAGAAAGAAGUAAACAAUUAUUCAAUAUCUGUAUGUUUGCUGGUUAUAUGCAUGAUUCAUGUUAUGCAGUUCUUAAGAAAUUAAUCUGAAAUAAAAAAAUCUUCAGUUUAAAGUAUAUAACUAAUAUUAAUUAAAAGGUACAAUGUCAGUUGCUGGAAUCCAUGCUCAUCUAAUCUGCUAGAACAAAACAGGCCACAUUAGUUAAACCUGUGCAGUUAAUGUUAACAAAAAGGUAGUGCCAGAGGCGAUCAUCCUCCAAUUCCAAACUACUGUUCAGUAGCCUAACCAGCUUCAGAUAUAGCUGUUAGUACAUUGUGUAACAUGAGAAGGUUGAAGAUUUUUUAUCAUAUACAUAUUUUUUCCAGAUCAAUUAUCUUGAUCAGAUGCUAAAUUGUGAACCUGUUCCAUUGAUAAAUAGUGUACUGUACAGGCAUCGACUGGAUGAGGAAAGAAGAAAUAUGAACACUUUAAGUAUAUUUGGAAAUGUGAUUAAAAAGUGUGCAAGUAUUACAUUCCACUAAACUGAAGUAAAGUAUAAAUAUGUCAUAGAAAAAUGAUACAUCCAACAAUUUACAGUAUCAAGACAUGUUGGUUAGAGAUAGAAUAAAGUUUGAGUUAAUAAACUGCAGUGUGUAUCUGUUUGUGCUAUUGGGAGAAACGUUCUUGUGUCCACCAAAGGGUCGAGAAGCCGAGUCAAGUCAAGAAGCUUUAAGUGUCAUUUUGAGCAUAUAACGAACGCUCCAGUGCAAAACUAGAAAAUAAAGAGAUUCAGUCCAGUUAGUAACGAAUAGACUAUUGUUUCAAUUAAUAUGGACUGAUAAAACAAAGUGCAACAUGCUGCAGGGAUUAGACAAGGAUAGUUUGACUGCCUUAUAGAGUCUAUUGUGAAAGAGCUUUUUACAGCAUGUAAAAUAAUUAAGGAUGUUAAUGUUGUUUUAGAAAUGUUACAGGCUCCUGCUGUCGGUGAUCAUAAGAGACUGGGAGAAACAAAAGGUAACGGAAAGAAUCAAUGAUUCCUCAUGAUGGUACAGAUGAAGUCAGGAGGAAAGGAAAAGCAAAUCAGAAUGUUACAGUGAGUCACAGGUGUGGAAAUUUUCCUUUAAUAGCAAUUUAAACCUCUGUGUGUCAACGGGUGUGUAUAUAAUGUGCCAUUAGGGUUUAAAAAGUUAUCAUUAGGGUUUAAAAAGGAGUCAAACAACUAUGUGUUAAUUGAUGACUUCUUGUGACCACUAUCCUUAAAUAAGAAAAAAAUAUUUUGCAUUAUCGAAAUUAUUCUUGUCGUAUUUUCCAAAUAAAUGGCAAUGUUUAGCAAUUUCUUUCAAGGUAUGCAAACUUUUGAGCACAACUGUAUAUGCCUAUAUAAAUUGUGCAUUUUAGCUGUCUAUCACUUCUGUUAAAUAAAUAUUAAAUGCAUGUA